UUGUGCCGUCUCGAAUAUUUAGUCAUUGAGAAGAUAGGAUUCUAUGCGAUCGCGUCCGUUGACGAAAACUGUUUAACUUCCGGGGGACUUACAACGUCACCAAGAGGUCAAAGAUGGAUCGACCUAGCACUAGCAGGCAGUCAAUUGAGAAGGUGGAAAUGUUCGAAGUAAGAGAACAUGUUCCGUACCAGGCGGAGUUAACCAGAGCUCCCGCAGCAUAUGAUGCUGAAAGUGGCGAAAUGUAUAGUUCCUCGUGGAAUUCGGCGUGGCAAGCAAUCUGUCAGCUGUUCAAUCUGCUCCAUCACAUGCAGAUCGCGAUUGUUGUCUUCAGCAUGUGGCAUUUCGCUCUAACAUCUUCACCAAAUGGAUCAAUCAGUAAUCUUCAGUUGCACAUCAUAUUUGCUGGAACCGGCUAUCAAUUAUUUUUGGUGGAAGCCGUACUAACUCUACACAGGCAUAACGCGUGGUCUGGCCAUUUGUCUCUGGAUGGUAAGAGAAUCGUGCACGGAUGUCUCCAACUGAUCGGUGCUAUAUUUGUCAUUGCUGGAACCUUCUUGGGCUUAGCAGAAGUUGAUAUGCAGAUCAACACGCCUCAUGGAAUCUGCGGUGUCAUAGCGUUAGCAUUCUCAUUGAUAAGUUUUAUCACCGGUAUCAUAGCUCUCUUCUCGUCGAAAGUACGUUUAAUGAUCAAGACUGGACCGGUGAAGAUAUUGCAUAUUGCUGUUGGCUUAUUCGCGAUAUCAAUGGGCCUUAUCACAAUGGCUAUUGGUUUCAACAUGGACUACUUUAGUGCGACACAACCUGGCUUGUCAACAGCCCUUAUGGUAUUCGUGGUCAUGAUUCUAUUUUACAUUAUUAUACAACCUAUUGUUGACUUAGUUACUACUUCCCGAAAAGUUAUGUGACUGCAAGAUAUUGACGGCUCUACUGAUGGCCACAGCAAUGCAUAAAUUUUAAUAUUUUAUACUUUUAAUUUAAUAUAGGGAUACAUUUUUAAAAUUAUUUAGACGCGUCUA